CUUUUUUUCCCUACGAGUGAAUAAAAAGAUGCCAAUUACCGUUAGCCAGGCUGCCGUUUGUCGUCGGGUCAAUCCGGGCCGGGGGGGGGCGGACGACCAACCCAACUGUCUGGCCGGGCUCUCGGCGGUGAUUGGCAGACGCCGUCAUUAGCAGCAGCACGUUAAGCGCCGCUUCCGUUGUGACCAGACGGCUCAACGUGCUGUUUAAUGAAGUAGCAAAUCCAAAUCAUUAGCAGAAUUGAUACGGACCCGCCAUUGCCUUACGGGCAUAUUUGCCGCCUCCUCGCCCCCUCCCCCAUAUGAGUGAUGUGUGACUAAUGUCUAACUUGUGUCAGAUUGCGCCUUGUGCUUUUAUUGACUUUCUGCUCAGAUGGACUGAUCUGAUUGUCUUUCCCCUCCUCAUUUGCCGCAUGGUGUCCAUGUCUGUCUUGGCUCACCUUCCUUUCCUCUUGUUUUCUUGCACUGGCGCUCCUCCGGGCAGGCUGGCUAAUUCAGUUGGAGUCUCUCGGGACAAAAAGUUCACGUGCACUCUAUUAACCCUUUUGCGGGGGCACCUUACCGUAUGCAAAUGAGUAUCGCGGCUCGCUCGGCACACGCCGUUAUCGCCACCUCGCGCCGUAAUGAAUGUUUACUAAACAGAAGGCUGGGUUUGAAUGUUUUCCAUGUAAGCAAGGUGAGCAAUUAAUGCGAAUACCAAGACUUGAAAAUGGUGGUGGGCUGCCACUUUUCAACGCAUUGCACUUUUGCUACUAAUUAGCAGAUUAUUGCAAAGUCAGCAUGGCGGCAUCACGCUGUCUCCUCACCAGCUCUUAUUAGCAAACCUGUCAAACUUUCCCACUCUGCCAACUUUGUAACCUCCCGAGUUCUUUCCUUCACAGCCGCCCGCCCGCCCGCCCGCCUGCCUAUUCAUGCAGCUUAGAAAAUAGGAAUAAAAAUGUUCCAUGCCUUGCUUCUCAUUUCCUGACCUUUGCUUAAUGUCUUUGUCAGCUUCCUGCUAAUAAACAACAUUUGUAUCCAGGUGCCAGCAGACAAAUGGGCAAUCUAAUGAAAAUGCUGCCGCCACACUUGAGUUGCCCAAUAUACUGUUUGUUUUCCCAGCUGAGGUAAAAACCAAAAGCGCCGCCUGUAGAAUUGCCAUUAAAUAUGACUUCGCUGUUAACCACCUGUUCUACAAAAAAAAAGUUAUUGAUUCCGUAUGAGGGAGAGCUUUUUUUUUUUUCCCCGUUGCUCUCUAACAAGCCGCCCGGCCGCAGGUGGCUUGUUUGUCUUCAUUAAAAAGUGAAUAUUGUGCCUUUGAUUCACGCCACGAGUCAUAUUUCCACGGGUAUACCUCGGGGACAAUUAUUCCGGCUAAACGGGUGACACUUAUUUCCCCGUGCGAGUGCGAAGGUCGAGUCGGUCCGCGUGUCGGCCAUCGCAGACCUUCCGGACGUUGAGUUUUGCUGGCGAGGAUUUUCCAUCCAUUGCGAAUCUCCAGCCAAUCAGCUUCUUAUCUCAACAGUGAUUUCCAAUUUGGUCUCCAGCUUCCUCCAUGUCCAGGUGUUCAUCUUUCCAGAUGUUCUCCUAUCUGUGGGGGUCUCUAGCCAAUCAAUUUCUCAUUUUUUCCUGAUACUACUUCUGCCUGUCAUUUUUAUUUUCCCACCUCGUGUCCAAGUUGUAUUAUUAGCUUCACUAACUAGCCCCCCCCCUGCGCCCACGCUUACCCGUGGUCUUACUAACGACUUCAUCAUCACUCAAUCAUCUGCGCCGGCUCAAUUUUUCUUAAGUAAAUAUUCAUGAACGCUCCUCCCGGCCGUGUUUUAUUUCUGAAAGAUUCUACUCAGGCCUCGAUCUCGUGCGGAAGGAAGCCUCUUAUGUCCGUCGCUCCUCUCGCUCCGUUCGGCCUCCGCAAGUUGUGCAUCUGCCGCCCCGCCGUCUCAUUAAUUCCGUCCUUGCGCCCUUUUUGGAUCCUGACUCACUGACUCGGGGAAUCACUGGCUUAUGUCAGUUAAUGGGCUGUCAAGGCCUCAUCACCUCUAGCUCUACUCGCUAAUGAUGAGUCAGUCGGAUGUCUCGUUCGGUAUCAGUUGAGCGGCGCCCUUUGCGGAAUCCCCCCCCACAUGCACACGCACUCGCUGUGAUUUUUGUGGCGUCCACUUUUAAUUGCUAAUUACGCUGUCGCCAAAGUUUGACCACUACAAAUGAAAAGCUUCAAUCGCUGAGGCUGAUUGGGUCCGAUAAUGGCGAGAUGAAAUAUCACUUUGCGGCCGGGGGAAAAAAUAAGGAUAUUCAUUUUAAAGUCCAAAACCGAGUGACUUCAAUUGUGUUUGUUGCGUUCCCCUUAAAGACGGGGGAAACUGACUGAUUACUGACUGCUUUGCCAUAAUGACUGCAGUUUUGUUUUAUUUUAUCCCCCCCAAGACAUCAAUGUCUCCACACUGCCCCCCUGUGGCCAAGGCCACCACUGCGCCCUUACUCAUAGCCGGUAUAUAUCCACGUGUGUGAUGUCAGUAAAAUGUAAUGACAAGCAUCACACCACUAACACUGUUCUUGAAUUGGAGGACAGGCACAAUGCUGAGAGCCUCUCCACCUUUCCUUGUAAUGUCGUAUCCGAGUGGGCUCGACUAGUUUCUCCCACUCGUAAUCUCUGUGUUUAUGUCUCUCCAAGCUUAUGGAAGGGAAAAAAAAAUUCAUAUCUACUUGUACUGCCGGGUGCAGAACAGCUUGUCGCUCGCAUGCACGUACGCACACAAAACAAGCGCAGCAGAUCUGAUUUGCUCUUCGGUCGUGGACUUUUUAAAAGGCGGAUAAUAUUCCGCCGGCGUUCUUGAGGGAAAUUAAAAAGAGGCGCCGGCAAACAACAAGGCGGCAGAUAUCAACGUUUAACCCCCCACCCCUCUUUGAUAAGAGCCCCAAGCAGGCUUUGCUCUCGUUGGAACCAAAAGCAUCUGAGGCUCCGGUCACAUCAAUGACACUUUUACUCCACGUUUUCAAUAUUGUUUUUGGGAGAAACAUUAAUGGCAAGAAAAAGCUUCAGGUCCAGUCGGCGUGCGAGCCGCGCCAAAGAGGGAGGUCGGGUCCGGUCCAGACGUCUGAUUGGUUCCAGAUGACAGACGGAGUCGGUGCAAGAUGACACGAGACGACGGACGGGUGAGCAGACGCUUCCCGAUGGCCUCCGACGUGCUUGUGGCGCUUUUUCUCUUCUGCGGCCUGGCGUCCGCUCAACAUCCUCGCUCAGCUUUGUACCCAGCGGCGUUGCAUCCAAAGCGUGGUGCACCCUGGCCGCUCCAUCCUUCCUUCCUGCAGUCUGUGAAAGAUGUGGAGCUCCUCUUUGAGAUCCUUUUGUCCGGAAUGACAAUCCGGCGCCAAGAGCCGCUCGUCAUCCCCGACCCGGAGCUGGCGUCCCUGCGGGGCGCUCGCUCGCUGGAGCUCACCUGCGACGACAUCCUCCCCAAGAGCCUCCCGGAGGUCCUGCGUCUGUCCGCCCGGUUGGACGGACGUCACCGCCGCCCUCUGAGCGCGCCAGACUUUGAGAGGACGGUGCUGACGCUGGUCUACGCCGCCCAGACCGCGGCCGCCGCAGCCAAUGGGACGGAGCGCCGCCGGGCCUGGGCCGAUUCCCUCGUCCGCCUCUUCGGGGCCAUCCGGAAGGACCUGGAUUUCUAACAAUUGUAGCGCUGACGUGGGGCGGAAAUGAAAAGAGAAGACAGGAAUUUCCUGCCUUUCCUGGAGAAGGAUUAUUAUGAAUCUUUGAGGAUUAUUGAUUGAUGGUGAGUGAAUCAUAAUAGAAAAACACUAUCAUUGACUGUAAGAAAAUGUCUAAAUAUUUCAGAUAAACAAACCAGUGUUUCAUGCA